AAACCAGACCCAGGUGCUACCCCAGUGCAACGACUCCGUGUCUGAACCAGCAGGCUCUGUAGCCUCAGAGGAGAGCGCCCCCUACUGCUCAGACAGCAGACAGCUCCGUCUGGUGGACGGAGGAGGUCUCUGCGCCGGGAGAGUGGAGAUCCUUGACCAGGGCUCCUGGGGCACCAUCUGUGAUGACGGCUGGGACCUGGACGAUGCCCGCGUGGUGUGCAGGCAGCUGGGCUGUGGACAAGCCCUCAAUGCCACAAGAGUUCCUGGCCCUCAGGAUGGUGAGCGAGGACCAGGAGUGUGCUGGGUGGCUGGAAGUGUUCUACAAUGGGACCUGGGGUAGUGUCUGCCGCAGCCCCAUGGAUGAUGUCACCGUGUCCAUCAUCUGCAGUCAGCUUGGCUGUGGGGACAGCGGAAGUCUCAACACCUCUGUUGGUCUCAGGGAAGGUUCUAGACCCCACUGGGUAGAUGGAAUCCAGUGCCAGAGAACUGACCCCUCUCUCUGGCAGUGUCCUUCUGACCCUUGGAAUUACAACUCAUGCUCUCCAAAGGAGGAAGCCUAUAUCUCGUGUGCAGGAAGAAGACCCAAGAGCUGUCCGACUGCUGCCCCCUGCACAGACAGAGAGAAGCUGAGACUCAGGGGAGGCGACACCGAGUGCUCAGGGCGGGUGGAGGUCUGGCACAGCGGCUCCUGGGGCACCGUGUGCGAUGACUCCUGGAGCCUGGAAGAGGCUGAGGUGGUGUGUCAGCAGCUGGGCUGUGGCCAGGCCCUAGAAGCCCUGCAGGCUGCAACAUUUGGCCCUGGAAAUGGGAGCAUCUGGCUGGACGAGGUGCAGUGCAGGGGCCAGGAGUCCUCCCUGUGGGACUGUGCUGCGGAGCCCUGGGGGCAGAGUGACUGCAAGCACAAGGAGGAUGCUGGUGUGAGGUGCUCUGGUGCAAGAACAUCUUUGCCCCCGACUACAGCAGGGACCAGACCAGCCUCGAAUUCUCUCUCUGGCAUCUUCUCCCUGCCUUGGGUCUUCUGCCUCAUUCUGGGAGCCCUUCUCUUCCUGGUCCUCAUCAUCCUGGUGACUCAGCUGCUCAGAUGGAGAGCAGAGCGCAGAGCCUUUUCCAGCUAUGAAGAUACUCUUGCUGAAGCUGUGUAUGAAGAACUCGAUUACCUUGUGACACAAAAGGAGGGUCUUCUGGGCAGCCCAGGCUUCCUGUCAGAUGGUGAGGACAACAAUGACUCCAGAUCUUCUCCAGCACCAGAUCAGAGGACUGAUGCCCCUGGUGAGGAUUAUGAUGAUGCUGAAGAGGUACCAGUGCCUGGGGCUCCUCCUGCCUCUCAGGUGAGAGAAGAGGAAGUGCUCCCAGUGAAGAAAGAUGGUAUGAGGUCUCAGACAGGCUCUUCUCUGUUCGUCUUUGGAGAGGAAGCUGAUCCUGGGGAAGGAGAAGAGAGCCCAUGGCUGCUCCAGGGGGACAAAGGGGACCCUGGGUAUGAUGACAUUGAACUCAGUGCCCCAGGAACAUCCACAGUGACUUUCCCAUGAUGUUGUAUUAAAUAUGAGAUGAAGCCUCAGAUAUUCUAAUUGCCUAUAUUUCAAUACAGUAAUGCUGACCUGUAAUUGUGUUAUAUGGAAAUUGUUCAAAAUGAAAUAUUCUGAAUAAAGUAACUUUUUGCUGUGUUGCUAAUUUA